AAUAUACAUAUACUGUAUUUUUCAACUCAUAAUUAAGUAAUGACAUGACACAACCACUAUAUAGAGAACACAACACAAGUGAGCACUUGAUAGUUCAGAGUCUGCUUUCUCUAUAAUUAACAAAUACUGUUGUUCUUUUUCUCCAUUCUCUCAUGGGUCGCCAUUCCUGUUGUUUAAAGCAAAAACUAAGAAAAGGUUUAUGGUCCCCUGAAGAAGAUGAGAAGCUAUUCAAUUACAUAACCAUCUUUGGUGUUGGAUCUUGGAGUUCUGUUCCCAAACUAGCUGGGUUGCAAAGAUGUGGAAAGAGUUGUAGAUUGAGAUGGAUAAAUUAUUUGAGGCCUGAUUUGAAGAGAGGAAUGUUCUCACAACAAGAACAGAAUCUUAUUAUUAGUCUUCAUCAACUACUUGGAAAUAGAUGGGCUCAAAUUGCAGCACGAUUACCCGGGAGAACUGAUAAUGAAAUAAAAAACUUUUGGAAUUCAUGUUUGAAGAAAAAGCUUAUGAAGCAAGGGAUUGAUCCAGCUACACACAAGCCCUUUCUCAAUUAUGAAUCUCUUAUAAAGGAAGAGAAAGAAAAAUCAUCAAUGCUAAUGCCACUGUCUCAAUCUCAAAGGUUUUUAGCUACACCAACAAUGCAUGAAUCCUCACUAAUGAGUGAUUUGAAUCACUAUAAUAAUAUUGUUGACUUAGCAGCUUUAACAGAAGCAUCAAGAAAAUUCCUCAUGAAUAAACCAGCAGCAUUGGAUUUGGAUCCAUUAUGCUACUUUGAAUUUCAAAUGGAUGUUGCUCCUUUUGAUUAUAAUUUAAGUUUGAGAAAUUAUCAACCAACAAGCCUUGAACAGAACCAAUUUGGAAGCAAUUCAAACUAUUUCUUUACUUCAAUGCCUUGUGUAGAUAGUUCAGAGUUUUCAGACAACAACAAUAACUCAGCUUUUUUGGUGAAUGAAAGUUCAAGCAACAGCUCAAGUAUGAGUGUUUAUCAAGGAGCAAAUGAAGCUGGUUUUUCAUGGAAAAGUGAGAACAAGUAUUUGGAUCCUUUGUUGCAGUUUCAAGUGAAUGCAGUAAAAUCAGAAGAGUUUAACAAAACAAGUUCAUGGCAAGAAGGACUGUUGCUGACUCAUAAUAAUUCAAUAGAUUUCAAUGCCUGUCCUUUAAGGUCACUGUCAGAAGAUCAUAGUACUGAAGCUAAUUUUGAUGUGUUUCAGCAUUUAUGAAGUGUAAAUUUUUUCAGUAGGAAAAAUAGAAAGACGUUGAUAGCACAGGAAAUUAAAUUAAAUUUCUAGCAAAAUUUAUUUUUCUUUUGACAGAUGUAUCUGAUUUGAUUGACUAGUAUUACAUAUUGAGAGUGAAGUUAAUUUUUCACGGUUCUUA